AUGGCAUCUUGUGCUCGAGGCGCCCGGAUUCCGCAUCCCUUUGACCCGCUCGAGGCGGGAGAGAUCAAAGUAGCCGUGGCGGUGGUAAGGGAAGCUCUUGGCACCGUCCUCUUCAAUGCCGUCGCGCUCCAGGAGCCUCGCAAGGCGGACAUGGUGGCGUGGCUCGGCGACCGCAAUGGCCAGCCCCGGCCUCGGCGAGUGGCCGAUGUAGUGGUCAUUGCCCCCGGGGGGAGGGUGGGCGAGGGGCUCGUCGACAUCGACAAGGGCAGCUUGGUCGGCUGGGAGUGGAAGGAGGGUUUCCAGCCCAUCAUCACGGUCGAGGAGCUGCAAGCCGUGGAGCACAUUGUCCGCACCGACGCCGCUGUCAUCGAGCAGUGCGAGAAGAGCGGCAUAUCGCGCGACGAGAUGCACAAGGUGUACUGCGACCCGUGGACCAUUGGCGUCGACGAGCGCUUCGGGUCCACGGUCCGCCUCCAGCAGGCCCUCAUGUACUUUCGCCCGGGCCUCGACGACUGCCAGUACCAGUACCCGCUCGACUUCUGCCCCGUCUACGACGCCGGCCAGCGCCGCGUCGUCCACAUCGACGUGCCCGAGGUCCGGCGCCCGCUGCGGAGGGAGCCGCCGCUCAACUACCACCCGGCAGACGUCGAGGUCCGCGGCGGGUACCGGACGGACCUCAAGCCGCUCGAGAUUACGCAGCCGGAGGGUGUUUCGUUUAGACUUGAUGGCAGGGAGCUCCAGUGGCAGAACUGGCGGUUUCACGUCGGGUUUGGCUACCGCGAGGGCAUUGUCCUGCACGACAUUGCUUACAACGACGGCGGCACCGUCCGCCCCAUCUUCUACCGCCUCUCGCUCGCCGAGAUGGUGGUGCCCUACGGCAACCCGGAGCACCCGCACCAUCGCAAGCACGCCUUCGACCUGGGCGAGUACGGCGCGGGCUACCUGACCAACAGCCUCAAGGCCGGGUGCGACUGCAAGGGCGCGAUCCGAUACCUCGACGCCGCGUUCCCGACGCGCGACGGCGGCGUGCGGACCGUGGCCAACGCCAUCUGCAUCCACGAGGAGGACGCCGGCCUGCUGUUCAAGCACUCCGACUUUCGCGACGACUCGGCCAUUGCCACGCGUGCCCGUCGGCUGGUUGUCCAGCACAUCUUUACUGCGGCCAACUAUGAGUAUAUUGUUCAGUGGAUCUUUCACCAAGACGGAACCAUCCAGCCCGAGAUCAAGCUGACCGGAAUCCUCAACACGUACGCAAUCAACCCAGACGAGGACACACAUGGCUGGGGCACCCAAGUUCAUCCCGGCGUCAACGCCCACAACCACCAACACCUCUUCUGCCUCCGAAUCAACCCCAGCGUCGACGGCCCGCGCAACACCGUCGUCAUGGUCGACGCCGUGCCCUCGGACGCGCCCGUCGGCAGCGCCGAGAACCCCUUUGGCAAUGCCUUCGGCGCCCGCCGCACCGUGCUCGCCACCGCCGGCGCCGCCGCGAGCGACUACGCCGUCUCGCGCACCUGGGACAUGUGCAACAGGGACCGUGUGCAUCCCUACAGCGGCUUGCCUGCCAGCUACAAGCUCGUCAGCCGCGACGUGCCGGGCUUGCUGCCCAAGCCCGGGUCGCUCGUGUGGAAGAGAGCGGGCUUUGCGCGCCACGCUGUCCAUGUGACCAAGUAUCGCGACGACCAGCUCUGGCCCGCAGGCCGCCACGUGCCGCAGACAUCGGGCAACACGCCCGUCGGCCUCGUCGACUGGAUCGGCGACGGCUCCGAGAGCGUCGAGGACCAGGACAUUGUGCUCUGGCACACCUUUGGCCUGAACCACUUUCCCUCGCCCGAGGACUUCCCCAUCAUGCCCGCCGAGUCCGUCACGCUGCUCCUGCGCCCGCGCCACUUCUUCACCCACAACCCCGUCAUGGACUGCCCGCCCAGCACGUCCGUCACGCCGAGCCAGGCAGCGGCGGCGGCAGCAGCAGCAGCAGGGAUGGAAAAGGCUGACUGA